AUGCAGGACCUAUCUGUCUCGGGCAUUCCCACGGGCCCAGCCCAGGGGUCUGCCAACCGAUUUGGCCACGCCUCCAAGCCGUCGAACAGCGAUACCGGCUUCUCCCACGGUGCCUUCACGUCCAACAUCUCUGGAUUUGCUGACCGUCACCCUCGCCGCGGCAAUAUUCCUUCCAUCAACACCCAGCAGAUGAACCAGCAAGGUCCGCCUCCCGCCAAUGUUCACCAGGAUAUGACCACUCCCGGUACUGGCUUCGACAUGCAGUUCACACCUCUGCUCCCCUCUCAGUUGCUCCUCGGCAGCCCCUUCCAGCCUGGAACCCCGGCGUUCGCGAACAACCAGUUCCAGAACAUGCCCGGUUUCCAGCAGGGUCAGCAGCACGCUGGCCACCAGCAGCAGCAGAACGGAAUGGGCAGCCCUGUGCAGCAGAACAUGUCUCCUCAGCAAUACCAGGCCAUUGUCUCGCCCUCGACCUACGGUGCCCCUCAAUUCUUUGCUCCCCAGUCCCCUACUGGAGGCUUCAACAUGGGCGGGCAGAUGCAGAUGCAGCCCACUUCGCCUGUGCAGAUGAGCCCGACCAACAUGGUGACUGGCACCAGCAGGACCGUCUACCUCGGCAACAUCCCCCCUGACACUACUGCCGAGGAGAUCCUUGGCCAUGUUCGAAGUGGUCAGAUUGAGUCGGUGCGCCUGCUCCCCGACAAGAACUGCGCUUUCAUCUCAUUCCUCGACGCCAACGCUGCCACCCACUUCCACUCGGAUGCAAUCUUGAAAAAGCUCUGCAUCAAGGGGCAGGACAUCAAGAUUGGCUGGGGCAAGCCUUCUCAGGUCCCCACGUCGGUCGCCCUUGCUGUCCAGCAGUCUGGCGCAUCCCGAAAUGUCUACCUCGGAAACCUGCCGGAGGAGAUCACCGAGGAAGAGCUGCGCGAGGAUCUCGGGAAGUUUGGUGCCAUUGACACGGUCAAGAUCGUCCGGGAGAAGAACAUUGCCUUCAUUCACUUUUUGUCGGUAGCCAACGCCAUGAAGGCCGUUCAGCAGCUCCCACAGGAGCCCAAGUGGCAGUCCCCGCGCCGCGUGUACUACGGCAAGGACCGAUGCGCCUACGUCUCCAAGACUCAGCAGCAAAAUGCCGCCCAGUAUCUGGGCAUCAACCCUGGAUACGCUCACAUGCUUACCGGAGCGGACCGCGACGUCAUCUCCAGUGCUCUGGCACAGCAAUCCGUUGCGGCUGCUGCAGUGGCCACCACUGCUGGUGGCAUCAACAACCUCGGAAACCGUACCAUCUACCUUGGCAACAUCCACCCCGAGACCACGAUUGAGGAGAUUUGCAAUGUCGUCCGCGGUGGCUUGCUCCACCACAUUCGGUACAUUCCUGACAAGCACAUCUGCUUCGUUACCUUCAUCGAUCCUACGGCGGCUGCUUCUUUCUACGCCCUCAGCAACCUGCAGGGCUUGAUGAUCCACAACCGUCGUCUGAAGAUUGGAUGGGGUAAGCACUCCGGACCGCUCCCCCCUGCCAUUGCCCUGGCAGUCAGCGGCGGUGCAUCGCGAAAUGUGUACAUCGGCAACCUGGACGACACCUGGACCGAGGAGCGCCUGAGGCAGGACUUCUCCGAGUUCGGCGAAAUUGAGCUGGUCAACACGCUGCGUGAGAAGAGCUGUGCUUUCGUCAACUUCACCAACAUUGCCAAUGCCAUCAAGGCUAUCGAGGCCAUCCGCAGCAAGGACGACUACAAGAAGUUCAAGGUGAACUUUGGCAAGGACCGAUGUGGAAACCAGCCAAGGCAGCUCCAGCAGAACCAGUCUCCCCGCGAUGGCGCCUCCCCACCCCCCAACGGUAACCCGAGCGGCACGUCCCCCACUGGUGCCACCUCGCCUCAGUCUGCUGGCAGCCCGACCAACAUGUUUGCCAAUGGCAACAACCCGCUGACGGUGUACUUGAGCCAAGUUUCGCAGCAGGCCCAGCAACAGCAGCACCAGCAGCACAACAUGCUCGCUUCCCAGCAGGCCGCUCUGUUCGGCACGGCGUCUUCGUCGCCCAACGAGCUCAGCCUCGAGCUGCCUUCGCAGGGACACAUGUCUGGUCACGGCCAGUCUGCCAGCAUCUCCAACGGCUAUGCUGCAUCGAACGGCACCCCGACUUCGACCACCAUCGGCGGCCUUCUGGCCCCAGCCCCCCGCGGCUCGCACAACCGCGCUGUCAGUCUGCCCGUGUUCAACCCCGGAUUCGAGAACGGAGGCAACAGCCCGGUCAGUGCCCUUGGCACCAACGAGGGCGAGCGCCGGGGCCACCAGUACCAGUCCAGCUUUGGCGGCAUGGGCUCCGGUUUUGGCCUCGCCAUUCAGGGUGGAUUGAACGGCUGGGUCGAAGAGGAGGUCGCCAACUAG